UUCAAACGGAAGAUGUAAGAUGGCCGCAGAAAAAGACACCGAUGUAAAUAAACGAGAUAGAAGGGGCACGGUGUGUAAUGUUGUGAUCAGUCAAGACACAGAAACGGGGACGAGUGGUGAUGGCCGGCCGCCCAUCAUCUUCAAUCCUGACUUUUUUGUCGAGAAGCUACGUCACGAGCGGCCUGAAGCUUUCACAGAGCUGGUGCUGAGCAAUGUCACGCGCCUUAUCGACCUCCCAGGGGCCGAAUUCUCCAAGUUACUGGGGGAAGAGGAGCCCAAGACUCCCAACGGCACUGCAGUGGGAGGCUUUUUUCGCUCCUUUAACUUCCUUAAACGUAAAGAUAAAGGCCUUGUGUUUGGGAUGCCCCUAACAGAGGAAGGAAUAGCCCAGAUAUAUCAACUUAUCGUUUACCUCAGCAAAAAUCUGCAUGCUGAGGGUCUUUUUCGGGUUCCUGGGAACAGCCUGAGACAGCAGAUCCUCAGAGAGCAGCUCAACAGCGGGACUGAUAUCAACUUCGCCUCCGGGGAUUUCCAUCCCAACGAUGUUGCGACCCUUCUUAAAACAUUUUUGAAAGAGCUGCCUGAGCCCCUACUAACCCAUCGCCACUUACACGCCCAUCUAAAAAUCACAGAAUUGACCAUGUUCGACGAUCAGGGCAAUAAGACGAGUUUGCCGGAUAAGGAGCGUCAGAUCGAGGCUCUACAGCUUCUCCUGAUGUUGCUGCCAACAGCCAAUCGCACCCUUCUUAAACUGCUACUGGACCUUCUGUACCACACCGCAAAACAACAAGACAAAAACAAGAUGUCUGCACACAAUCUCGCCCUCAUGUUCGCCCCACACGUCAUCUGGCCCAAAAACAUGAAUGCCAGUGACCUUCAGGAGAACCUGAAGAAGCUGAACAACGGCAUGGCAUUUCUCAUCAAACAUUCCCAGAAGAUCUUUCGGGCACCAGGUUAUCUGAGGGAACACGCCAGGCUGCAGUUCGCCAACUCCAAAAUUAUUCACUCCAAGGACGAUUUGGAGCUGUUGUCCGUCAGUGGUUCUCCGUUCAUACAGGCGUGUAAGAGGAGCGGUGCGAGAGUUGCUUUAGACCCUGAGAAUCACACAGAAGAGGCACUGAAAGAGCUUUAUCAACACGUCACUGAUUACAUGCCAAACUCGGCCAAGAAGAAAAAGCUUAUCAGACAGCUUGGUAAACAGUCCACCCCAGGUACCCCUGGCAAUGACAACACGACACCUACGAGUAAAAAACACGCCCGCUCUCGCUCCUUCGGUGGUCUUAUCAAGAGGAAGGUUUUGGGGAAUCAGCCGGGAGACCGAAGGGGUCGACACGUGUCGCCGCCGUCCACAUCUGGAUAUACUGCAGGUCCAGGAAAGGAGAACAUUAGCUGUGAGCCAGUGAGCUUUAAAUAAAACUUUUCUUUUUUUUUCAAAAUCUGCCUGCACACUGCAAAAAAUGAUUUUCAAGAAAGAAAAUUCUUAGUAUUUUUGUCUUGUUUUCAGUAGAAAUAUCUA